UGAGAGUGAGAUAGAAUCUCCGUCCAACUCUGCCUUUCAAAGUUUUCCAAUUGUGUACUUUUAACUACAAUGCGCAUGCCUAACAUAGAUAUCAUCAUGUAUAUCUAAUCAGAUAAGAAAUUAUUAUCAGCUGUACUUGUAAAAUUUGCGUGUACAAAAGGAAAUCUUACAUGAAAUUUGAAUGUAUAAUUGACUAUGAAUUGUGCAAAUGCAAAUGUUGUUCAGGAAGGUGGUGUUUAAUAUAACUAAGAAGCUUCUAAAUGACACAGAAAACAUUUGAUAUUUUCACAUAACUACAUGUAAAUAACGGUCAGCAAGUCAUUUUAUUUACUGAGUUGAGUAGAAAUAUCAGAAAAGAUGGAACAGAGUAAAUUUGUGGAUCUGUUGGAGGAGAGAAGAAAGGACUGUGAUUUUCUGUGGGCAACACGCCCGUUGGAUCCAUUGCUACCCCAUAUGUUGCCAAUCGAGUUGGUCUAUAGUAGAGAUAAAGUGAUACAAUCAGUUUUGACGGACACUUUGGUCAAAGCUACAAUUGCUUUGAUAGUAAAAACAACAGGUGCUAAACUUAAGGAUGUUGAGAAAAGAGCUCGUGCAAUGAUAAAUGAAAUGGCUAGUAAAGCAGAUUUAGCAACAGUUCGUUGGCUGGGUAUUUUCAUUACAAAAGCUAUGAAGAGAAUGUUCUCGAAAAUAUACAUAAAUGAAACCAAUCUCACAAACUUGAAAAAGGAAAUGCUAAUCUCCCAGAUACAGUACGUUUACGUGCCGUCUCACAGAAGUUAUUUGGAUUUCAUUUUGCUGUCGUACAUUCUAUUUUCCUACGACAUGGCGUUACCGAAUAUCGCGGCUGGUAUGGACUUUUACAAUAUGAAAAUAGUUGGUGAAUUAUUGCGAAAAACUGGAGCGUUUUACAUAAGACGCAGUUUCUCCAAUGAUCCAUUGUACAAGCAAAUUUUCCGAUCGUACAUAAAUACCAUCAUUAGUCAUAGCAAUAGAGCGAUAGAAUUUUUCAUCGAAGGCACUCGGAGUCGCAGUCAAAAAAGCACAGUACCGAAAUAUGGUCUUCUUUCCAUCAUUUUGGAGAGUUUGCUUCAAGGCAACGUACCGGACAUACAUUUCGUACCGAUGAGCAUCAGUUACGAACGACCGCCUGAAGAAUUAUUGUUUGUUUACGAAAUGCUGGGAGUUCCAAAACCGAAGGAAAGCACAACCGGACUUGUACGCUCGCUUUCCAUUCUGCAGAAACCCGCGUCUCACGGUCGUAUUUUCUUUAACAUCGGAGAGCCAAUAUCUGCUCGUCAAUUUUUAGACGCGAAAUAUCGCAGGAAAAAAAUUCUGGAACCUUCUUUCAAAGUUCCAUCCUCGGUCGUAGAGAACAUAGCUUACUUUAUAAUAGAGACACACAAAAAGAAUACCGUGCUUAUGCCAAUCAACAUCGUUGCUUUGUUAAUCAAUGAGAGGAUUCAAACGAAGCCGAGAGAACCAUAUACGCUCGAUUCGUUGGCUAAGGAUUAUCAACGAUUUAAGAAUUUCAUCACCAAGUCGUUGCAAGUAUUGAUGUUCGAAAGUGAGAGCAGUAACGAUGGCGAGAAAAUCAAACAAGAGAUAUUAGAAUCUUUGAAACCACAUAACGAGUUGAUUGUGAUCGAUUCAUCAAACACGCUAAGGCUCAAACAAAGACACAAAGAACUCAAACUAACGAAUUAUUCAAACAUCAAGGGACAUUUGUUGUCUGAGAGAACUAUGCAAAUAGCGGUGCCCGCCGUUAAUAUUGCAAUUUAUAUGAAUCCAACCUUGACGUUUCUGGCGAAAACAGCCCUUGUUACCGCAACGAUAGGAGAGGAUGGCACUCAAAUCGGAGUGGCUUUAAAACGAUAUGAACUACUGAGAAAAUUGGUUAGCACGGAAUUUGUGUUGCGUCUUGUUGAGGAUGAAAGUCUGAUCAAAGCGGAGUGGGAACAAUCCUUGAACAUAUUGUUGUCGGAGAAUUGCUUGCGCAUAGUAAAGGACUCGAUUUUCCUGGGCAAUAAUACGGAAUUGCUCUCCAUCUUGCACAACGUUGUAACACCUUUUAUAGACGUUGCAUAUGUAAUGUGUAAUUUGUUAUACGAGUGGAUUGAAAGAACGUCGAGCGAACUCACAGAUCGGAUGAUUCUCGUUGAAACGCAGAAAGAAGUGGAAAGAUUAAUACUUGAAACAAGUGACUGGUGUCAGCAUCCGUAUUGCUUGUCUCUUGAUCUCUACAACGCGACGUGGUCCAGUUUAUUAUCGCAAAAUAUUAUUAUCCCACACCAGGAACACACCAACGUAUAUCGAACAGAUAAUGCGAAACUAGCGUGUCUUUUGGAAACGCUGCGCGAAUUACCACUGCGACGACCUGUGGGAACUUACGCCGACGCGCUUUCCUUUAUCAUCUCCACACCGUCAGUAGAUGUACAGGCUAAAUUAUAACGAACGUUUGUUUCGAAGCAACA